UCACCUGACUUCAGCCUUCCCGGGGACUACCUCCUGGCAGGCUUGUUCCCUCUUCAUGCUGAAUGUCUGGAGGUGAGACAUAAACCUGAGGUGACCUUAUGUGACAGGCCCAGCAGCUUCAACGGCCACGGCUACCACCUCUUCCAGGCCAUGCGGUUCGCCAUUGAGGAAAUAAAUAACUCCACAUCCCUGCUACCCAACGUCACCCUGGGCUACGAGCUCUAUGAUGUGUGCUCUGAGUCUUCCAAUGUGUACGCUGCCCUGAGCGUUCUCACACUGCGGGGGACACAAUACAUAGAGAUGCAGGGAAACCUGACCCACUACUCCCCCAAGGUGAUGGCGGUGAUUGGGCCUGACAACACCAACCAUGCCACUACUGCUGCAGCCCUGCUCAGCCCCUUCCUGAUGCCCUUGAUUAGCUACGAGGCCACCAGCGCAGUGCUUGGUGUCAAGCAGAAGUACCCCUCUUUCCUGCGCACCAUCCCCAGCGAUGAGAACCAAGUGGAGACCAUGGUGCUGCUGCUGCUGAAGUUUGGCUGGGUCUGGAUCUCCCUGGUGGGCAGCGACGGUGACUAUGGGAGGCUUGGGGCGCAGGCGCUGGAGGAGCAGGCCAGCCAGCAGGGCAUCUGCAUCGCCUUUAAGGACAUUGUGCCCUUCUCAGCACAGGCAGGCGACAAGAGGAUGCGGGAGAUGAUGUCUAACCUGGACCAGGCAAAGACCACUGUUGUGGUGGUUUUUGCCAGCAGGGAGCUGGCUAAGGUGUUCUUUGAGUCUGUGUUGCUGGCUAAGCUGACCAACAAGGUGUGGGUUGCCUCAGAGGCCUGGGCCAUUUCCAGGCACAUCACCAGAGUGCCCGGGAUCCAGAACAUCGGCAUGGUGCUGGGUGUGGCCAUCCAGCAGAACGUGGUCCCCGGCCUGAAGGACUUCGAAGAGGCCUAUGUCCGGGCAGAGAAGAAGGUACUUGGGCUGUGCCCCUCUGGCUCCUGGUGCAGCAGCAACCAGCUCUGUACAAAAUGCCAGGCAUUCACGAGGAACAGGAUGCCUUCACUUGGGACCUUCUCCAUGAGUUCUGCCUACAAUUCCUACCGGGCUGUGUACGCGGUGGCUCAUGGCCUUCACCACCUCCUGGGCUGCCAGUCAGGAGCCUGUUCUGUGGGCACUGUCUACCCCUGGCAGCUUCUGCAGCAGCUCCGGAAGGACACUAUAACCUUUAAUGAAAAUGGUGACUCCCUCAGUGGCUAUGACAUAAUUGCCUGGGAGUGGCAUGGUCUGAAGUGGACCUUCAAGGUCAUCGGCUCUUCCACGUGGCCUCCAGUUCGACUGAACAUCAAUAAGGCCAAAAUCCAGUGGCGGGGAAAAAACAAUGAGGUACCCAAGUCUGUGUGCAGCGAAGACUGUGAUAGUGGGUUCUGGCGAAUGAUCACCGGCAUCCACCACUGUUGCUUUGAGUGUAUGCCUUGUGAAGCUGGAACUUUCCUCAACAAGAGCGACCUCUAUCGCUGCCAGCCAUGUGGCAAAGAAGAAUGGUCACCCCAGAGAAGCCUGACCUGCUUCCCACGCAACAUAGUAUUUAUCACCUGGGAUGAACCCAUCUCUUGUGUGCUGCUGGUGGCUAAUACACUGUUGCUGUUGCUGGUGGCUGGGACUGCUGGCCUGUUUGCUUGGCACCUUGAUACCCCUGUGGUGCGGUCAGCGGGGGGCAGGAUGUGCUUUCUUAUGCUGGGCUCCUUGGCGGUGGGAAGCUGCAGCCUCUAUUGUUUCUUUGGGAAGCCCACGCUGCUUACUUGCUUGCUGCGCCUGGCUCCCUUCAGCCUCAGCUUCACCAUCUUCCUGUCUUGCCUGACUAUGCGCUCCUUCCAGCUGGUCUUCAUCUUCAAGUUUUCUGCCAAGGUUCCCACGUUCUAUCAUGCCUGGGUCCAAAACCAUGGUGCUGGCCUGUUUGUAGUGCUCAGCUCAAUGGGCCAGUUGCUGAUUUGUCUAUUGUGGCUUGUAGUGUGGACCCCAUUGCCCACCAGGGAAUACCAGCGUUUCCCCCACCUGGUGAUGCUUGAGUGCACCCAGGCUAACUCACUGGGCUUCAUGCUGUCUUUUACCUACAACGGACUGCUCUCCUUCAGCGCCUUUGCCUGUAGCUACGUGGGCAAAGACCUGCCAGAGAACUACAAUGAGGCCAAGUGUGUCACUUUCAGCCUGCUCCUCAAUUUUGUGGCAUGGAUCACCUUCUUCACCAUAGCCAGCGUCUAUGAGGGCAAGUACCUGCCCCUUGUCAAUGUGCUGGCUGUGAUGAUCAGCCUGUGGGGCGGCUUCAGUGGCUAUUUCCUCCCCAAGUGUUACGUGAUCCUUUGCCGCCCAGAUCUCAACAGCACAGAGCACUUUCAGGCCUCCAUCUUGGAUUAUACAAGGCGCUGGGGUUCUGCUUGA